AUGUCGGAUUCGAAGGAAAAGUAAGUUUACCAAAACAUUCGAAUCGAGGAGCAUUUGCUCCGGCGCUGGUGCUGGAACUGAGUGACGAAAUAUCUGAAGAAAUAAAAAAAGCGAAAGGAACAACUGGCGCGGCAAGCGAUCAUUCCGCAAAAUGUUCAUCAUUCCCUUCGACGCUGACCUAAGAUUCCCAGUCUCGUAUAUUUUGAAACACCGGGUUGUUCUUUUGGUUUUCCAUCCGUCUUCUUGUGUGACGUCUCGUAGUGUGGUUUUCCUCGAGAGAAACUCCUGGGCUUAUUCAGUCGGGUAAGAAAAAGAGAAAAAAUCGGCUGUUCCGUUUUUUGCCGGUUUUUUCCUGUUCCAAAUCCUUUCCAAAAGUCAACGUUUCGCCUCGAAACGUUUAAACGUUCUGCACUUUGUGUUUCACGGUCUCCAGAGCUGACAAUAUGGGCGUGGCCUCGGCCAAAUGGCGUUCUCAUAAAUUGAGCAGGUUUUCUCUGAUUUUUGUGGCCAAAGGCGAUGAAAAAUGAUUGUUCGACAUGAAAACACACUAAUUCUCAGAAUUAAUGACGUUUUGGCGCAUUUUUCGCGGACUUUGCUUUUUCGCCUUCGCCGCCGAUCGCCGCCUAAAAUCCGCACUUCUAAUUUUGCGUUUUCUUGACCGUUUUCAGACAGAAUUGGUUUUGAGAAUGAUAAAUCACGUAAAUACAAGCAUUUUGAGCGCUCGAACAGCAAAAAUCACCGAAAAGCAACUGAAAUUCACGCAGUUUUAGCCAAAAACCUUCAAACGGAUAAAUGUGAUUUGCGACUUGACCAAAUUUAACGCUCUUGCGCUUAAAAAAUUCGAAAUAGCCUAUACAAUCGGUCUAUCGAGAGACAAAUGACAAAUUAUCGGGUUUUCGUGGCUUAUCUGGCAAAAAACACUAAUUUUGCUGUUAAAAUUUUAAUUUCGCGCCAAUGUAUCGCUCUAUUGGGCGGGGCGCACUUGCGCCCGUUGUAAGCUCUGGAGACCGUGUGUUUGUGAAAAUACAAGUCAUUUUUAAGUUUUUGGCCGCUAAAAAACGGAAAACCCCGGUUUUUAUGUUCUUUCACAGUUUUACCCGACUGAGCAAUGAGCAAGCCCCUCAAAAGUCAAACUAGACUCUACUUUGAACUUUUUCGGCAGCACCAACUGUUCUCACUUUCUUCGAAUCUCGAAAAAAAAUGUUCGCAUGUGUCGCGCCUCUCCGAAUCCUUCAUUCGUCUUCAUUCGUCGAGUCAAUAUUUACUGGUCGUUAGCCGGUCACUGCGCACGUUAAAUUUCAAAUACCUGGCCUUUCUCUCGCACGGUCUUCAACUGUUCUUGUUUCAGAAUGGCCCUUCUUCUCCAAUCGGAGACUGACUUUGGCCUCGGACUUCUCCGUCAGCAGAAUCUGACGGAGUCUCUCGUCUUCUCUCCGCUCUCCAUCGCCCUCGCUCUCUCGCUCGUCCACGUGGCAGCCAAAGGAGAAACCCGAGACCAGAUCCGAAAUGCGCUCGUCAAGGGAGCAACCGACGAGGAGCUCGAGCAGCACUUCGCCAACAUCUCCGCCGCUCUUCUGGCCGCCGAGAAAGGAACUGAAGUGAACAUUGCGAAUCACGUCUUCUCCAGGUUUGUUGCCUCGAAAGCAGUUAAUCACAAAAUGUUCAACUUUCAGAGAUAGUUUCCCGAUCAAGCAGGCGUAUUUGGAUGCGGUCAAGAAGCUGUACAACGCGGGAGCCACUCCACUCGACUUCAGUGACAAGGAAGCGGCCGCCUUAGCAAUCAACGACUUUGUGCGCAAGAACACCGGCGAGCACAUCAAGAAGAUCAUCAGUGCCGAUUCGAUCAACGAUAGCAAGCAUUUCGGAAAGUCUGGAUAGAAAUAUAAUCGAUUAAUUUCAGAUUUGGUGGCCGUGCUGACCAAUGCUCUGUACUUCAAGGCUGACUGGCAGCACAAGUUCAAGCAGAGCGCGACUCACAAAAAGGAGUUCUUCUCGUCGGCCGACUCGAAGCGCGAGAUCGACUUCCUCAAUGCCAAUGCCGUUCAUCGUGACUACGCCGAAAACGAUCAGUUCCAAGUGCUGCGCCUGCCGUACAAGGACGAGUCUUUCGCUCUGAGCAUCUUUCUCCCGAAGACUCGCUUCGGAUUGGGCGACGCUCUCAAGAGCAUCGACUCCGUCACCAUUCAGCACCUGCUCUCCAAUGUCUCUAGAAAUCACGUCAAUGUAAAUUUCGUUGCAUCUCCGAUCUUUAACGAUGUUUUUCCUGCAGGUCCGUAUUCCAAAGUGGAAGAUCGAGACGGAAUUGGAUCUGAAGAAGGCACUCGAGGCCGUCGGAAUCAAGCAGGCCUUCUUGCAAUCGGCGGAUCUUAGUAACUUCGCCGACGGCGUUUUCGUCUCCAAGGUCACUCACAAAGCACUCAUUGAGGUGAGCAAACAGCCAAAGUGAAGUCCAUGCAUGCCUUUUCCGUGUGUCCCCCUUGCUUUGUUCUUUUCAAAAAAAAUUUUGAAUUUGCGCGUUUCUAGGUGGACGAAGAGGGUACGAAAGCCGCCGCCGCGACAACCGUCGAGUUCUCUCUCAAAUCGGCGCAGUUCUCGCUGAAAGAACCGAUCGACUUCAUUGCCGAUCAUCCGUUCUUUUUCGUUCUCUCCAAGGAUAAUCACCCGCUUUUCGUUGGAAUUCAUCAUUAAGCCCACCCUUUCCGCCUACUUUUGCAUUAUUUUAUCGCUUAACGAAGCACUAUUUAUACAAGUGCUCUGUAAAUAAUUGAGUAAAUUGAGAGAAUAAACUGUAAUUUCGUGUCAUUUGUCAGGUCGACGAAGAGGGAACGACGGCAGCCGCCGCGACAGCCAUCGAUUUCAUUCCUUGCUGCCUGAUCAUUCAUGCGGUGGAGCCGAUCAAUUUCACGGCCGAUCAUCCGUUUCUCUUCGUUCUGUCCAAAGAUAACCAUCCUCUGUUCAUUGGAAUUCAUCACUAGAGUUUUGAAAACAUAAUAUAUUAUGCAUAAUAAAAUUGUGGGCAUGCAAACUCAAACACUUUAACCCACGCACUCAUGCCCAGUAUGCAUCCUCACUUCUUCGUAUUCAGGUCGAUGAAGCCGGAACGACUGCGGCCGCCGCCACUGCUGUUCUCAUGAUGCGUAAGAAGGCUCAGCCGGGAUUGCUGGGAGCGCCCAUCGAGUUCGACGCCGAUCAUCCGUUCUUUUUCGUUCUUUCCAAAGACAAUCACCCACUUUUCAUCGGCGUGCACCAGUGA